CUUGGAAUCUUUGUUAGCCCUUUCUCUAAACUCCAUUCCCAGGUCGGUGAUGGGGAAAUGUAUCUAUCUUCAUCUGGAUUAAGUUUAUCUCAUUUACUUUGCAGUGUGAUCAUACCCAAUUGAUAGUAUAAAGGACAGGGCUGUUGAGCUGAUUGUUGGAACUCCUCUUUGACCAGACUUGCAGCUGGUGCUAAGGAACUUUGCAAGCAGAGACAGGACAUCUCACCAUCGCUCUGGAGUGCCGUGAAUGGAAGAAGAGAUGUGUGAUUGCAAAUACAGGAAGUGAUCCCGAGCAGAGCAAAACUUCAGUGCAACAAUGGUUCUGCGAAAAACCUUUGACUUGGUGUUCAGCUAUCUCCUAUGUGCUUAUGUUGAGAGCAACUAUGGAGUGAAGAUAGUGGAUAAUGGAUACAGAGACAUUGUGAUUGCAAUUAAACCAAGUAUCCCACAUAAUGACAUGAUUCAUGUCAAAAUCCAGGAAAUGAUGAAGGAAGCCUCCUCCUUUCUGCAUCGAGCUACCAAAAAUCGGCUUUAUUUUUCGGAUGUAAAAAUCCUGCUGCCUUCUACCUGGCCAGUUAAUUCCAGCUCCGUUCAGGGAUCAACUACUCAAUCCUAUGAGAAGGCAGAUGUGAUUAUUGCUGAACCGCACCCUCUGCAUGGAGACACCCCGUACACCCUGCAGUAUGGAGGAUGUGGGGAGAAGGGCCGCUACAUUCACCUUACUCCCAACUUCAUACUAAACGACAGUCUGGUUCCAGUUUAUGGUAAAAUAGGAUGGUCAUUUGUUCAUGAAUGGGCCCAUCUCCAGUGGGGUGUAUUCAAUGAAUAUGAUGAUCAGGUGCCCUUUUAUAGAUCUGGUGAUGGCUCCAUUGAGGCAACAAGGUGUUCAAAGGAGGUAAAAGGAUCUUAUAAAGGAUGCCGUAAUGAUAAAAUGACAGGGUUGCCAGAUAGAGAUUGUAAAUUUAAUCCAGACAAGAACCAGACUGCAUCCGUUUCAAUAAUGUAUAUUCAAGGAUUGGAAAAUGUGGUUGAAUUCUGUAAUGAUAAGACCCACAAUACUGAAGCACCCAACAGGCAGAACACAAUGUGCAAUUGCAGAAGUACUUGGGAUGUGAUCAGCACGUCUGAAGAUUUCAGAAACAUUUCCUCACCCCACACUGGUUCAGUCAUCCCAACAUUGACAUUUCUACAGGCCAAGGACCGCGUGCUUUGUUUAGUCCUUGAUGUUUCGGGAAGCAUGACAUUGGAGAAUCGCACUCUGAGGCUCCGACAAGCAUCUGAGAUAUUCUUGCUGCAGGUUGUGGAAACAAGAUCACGAGUUGGAAUUGUCACUUUUAGCUCCAAUGCAGAGAUUAAAACACAAUUAAAAAAGAUUGAUGAUGACCGAAUGAGGAAGGAACUUGUCCAGCUGCUACCAAUGUCAGCAAAUGGGGGAACAAACAUUUGUGCAGGGAUCCGCUCUGGCUUUGAGGUACUUCGUGGUGAUGACAGAGCUACAAGUGGCGAUGAAAUUGUUUUGCUGACAGAUGGGGAGGAUGACAAGAUUAGUGAUUGCUUCACAGAGGUGGAACACAGUGGAGCUAUUAUCCACACCAUCGCAUUAGGGCCAACUGCAGCCAAAGAACUAGAGCAGCUCUCAGUGAAGACAGGAGGUCUACAGUUUGCAGCCACUGAUAAAGUGGACACAAAUGGACUAAUUGAUGCUUUCACUGGAUUAGUAUCAGGAAAUGGUGACAUCAGCCAACAGUCAAUCCAGCUUGAAAGCUCAGGAAGGAGUGUCGAUGGAGGCAGUUGGUUUAAUGGUACAGUUGCUAUCGAUAAAACGGUUGGAAACAACACACAUUUUGUGCUCACAUGGGAGGACGGUAUACCAGAUGUGUUUGUACGUGACCCCAGUGGGAAGAUAUACAGUAAUAGUGACUUUGACAUGGAUGAUAUUGUACACACAGCGCGGCUUGAGAUUGACGGCACUGCACAGACAGGAACUUGGACUUACAGUAUCAUGAAUCCCGGAAAUACACAGAAAGUAACAAUUACAGUAACAUCCCGAGCAGCGGAUGAGAAAGUUCCCCCUGUCACAGUCAACGCAAAAAUCACCAGGAAGGAUUCCACUGGCCCAGUGAUUAUUUAUGUGGAAGUCUCCCAAGGGUUUUUGCCAGUCUUAUUUGCGAAAGUGACAAUCAUUGCUGAACUUCCCAAUGGUCUGACAGAUGAACAGGAGCUUUUGGAUGAUGGUUCAGGUGCUGAUAAUAUCAAGAAUGAUGGAGUUUACUCUAAGUAUUUCCUGAAAACUACUGAACAUGGAAGAUACAACUUCAAGGUGCGCGUAGAGGGAAAGGAAGGGUCCGCUAAGAUGGCAAACAGAACAGAUGGGAAUGCCAUGUACAUACCAGGAUACACAAUAAAUGGCAUUAUUCAUACAAAUCCGCCAAGGCCUCCAGUCAGUGUUGAAGAUUCUGUGGCUCAGAUAGGAGAUUUCAGCAGGGUCAAAUCAGGAGGAGCGCUUUCAAUUCCCCCAGGUACACCUGUUGUCAACUUUGCACCGUGCAGAGUCACAGACCUUCAAGCAACAAUACUUAACGAUGAAAUUGAGCUGCAAUGGACAGCACCAGGGGCAGACUUGGAUCAAGGGACAGCAUCCUACUAUGAGAUGAGAAUGAGUGACAAACUGCUGCAGCUACGGGACAGUUUCUCAGGAGCUGAACUGGUUAAUUUGACAAACUUGAAACCACGGUCAUUUGGCUCCAAGGAAACAUUUAAAAUUAUCGCCAAAAAUGCAGGACUUCGAAACAGGACAAUGCUCUACUUCGCUCUCCGUGCUUAUGAUGAAAAGGAUCAGUCUUCCGAGAUGUCCAAUAUCGCCAGGAUUUCUGUCUUUGUGCCUUUGCCUAAAGAACCAAAAGGCAGUCACGUACUGCAUAGUAUUUGGAUUGCAGUAGUAGUGGCAGUUAUUGUAUGUUUGAUUGUUGGCAUUACUGAUCAUGUUGUAAAGAAGAAAUGCAAGAGUAAGAGAUUGCCAGAAGCAGUGGCAGUAUACAGACAGGUUGCAACUAUAUAGAUUCGUAAUCCUAACAUUUACUUUAUUCUGAUUUAUUAUUGCUGUGGGUGGUGUUGAAGAUUAACUGAAAUCUCCGAUAUUUUUCUGACACUUCUAUUGUCCUUCCCAGACAAUCAGGAGAACUCCAUUGGAAAUUCAGUCCUAAGUAGUUUAUUUAUUUUCUUGGGGUAGGUUGGAAGAUUGCAUGGUCUUGACUGAUGUCACCACAAUGAUGAUUCUGGACCAAUCUUGGGUGUUCAAACACUGGCUCUCUCCAAUCUAUGUCUAAAUUCACUGCUUUUGGAGGAGGUUGUGGUUUUUACUGGGGUGGAAUCUGUAUUAUUGAAUGAUUUUGAUGUAGUGGAUCUUCCCCACAGAGAGACCAGAUACCAGGGUUUUAUCCGUCGAGUAUACCAUCUUUGCCACCAUGAACAGCAAUAACAGAGUAGAGCAGAGCCAUUUAAUGUUACAAGAUAUAACUAUGAGAUCCAAGAAGAAACAGCGGAGGGAAAUAAGCAGUGGAUGGAGGGAUUAGUUGACGACAAGUCUGGUCAUGGAAAUGGAUUUUGAGAAGCUUUACAGCGAAAGACAUGAAUAAACCAGCAAUAACUAAGUGAAGAGGGUGUGAAUGAAAUCACAGUCUGAGGCCAAAAGUAUAAUUUUGGGAUGGGAGAAGAGUGGUAAAGGAAGGGAGGACAGGAUGUUGGAGGA